AUGUCGGACCCCAUCGAUCGUGUAUUUGUCAAGGCGAUAACAACCAUUAGAGCGCUAUCGUCUCGCUCCAACUACGGCACGUUGCCCAGGCCGCCUGCUGAAAACAGAGUCAAGCUCUACGGGCUCUAUAAACAGGCCACAGAGGGGAAUGUUGUGGGAAUCAUGGCAAGACCCCAGGGCCAUACGCUCGAAGACGAAGGAGCAAAGAAGAAGUGGGACGCGUGGAAGCGUGAGGAGGGCCUAUCGAGGACAGAAGCCAAAAGACAGUACAUUUCUUAUCUCAUUGAGACAAUGAGAGUGUAUGCCAGUGGGACAGCCGAGGCUCGGGAGUUGCUAACCGAAUUAGAGUACUUGUGGGACCAGAUCAAAGACGUGGAGUUCUCGGAUGACGACGAUGCAGACAACAGCAGGAGGUUUCAGAGUGCAGUGUCGCUGUUGCCGCACGGCGGAUCAGAAUACCCUGUCAAUCGGUUCAUUUCCAAGCUGCCUGAUUUGUCCCAGGCGGACCAGUCGGAUCGGUUUUCGUCUGGCACGCCGUGGCCCAUUGGCGGGAGCACGUACCUGGCGCUGGUGUCGAACCAGCAGUACCGCAGCAACUUGGAGCAGAUUUACUCGCAUUCUACAAGAAACACCCAGCUUCUGUUAAACGACUACGUGCAGCAGCAGCGCAACAAAGGCGCCCAAUCGGUAUACCUGAUGCCAGGGAGACGGGCUCUAGCCAAUGCUGGCACCGGCGGGAGCGUCCGUGGCGCGGACAGCGGUAAGGUGCCUGAGGCUGCGCUUGAGGAUUUCCGUACAUGGCAAGGUGAGAUCAACACAGUAGUGAAUAAGCUCUCGAAGGAGUAUUUGGGGCGCAAAAGUAGGGGCAGAGGGAGUGCUGCGUACUCGCUGUCAGAUCUGGAUCUGGAGCUGGAACUCGACCCCAAGGAAAGACUCAAGAAGAAAGUGAGACAUGUGCUCAAGAUCGUGGGGAUCCAGGCGUUGCAUUUUCUCAAAAACUUUGCCAUCAGCGUUGUGGCCUUGCUUUUCCUCGUGUGGUGCAUCAAGCGGAAUGUGGUUGUUCAGCUGACUAUUGUGAAGCAGCAGCUUGACUCGACGCGGCGCAAAAAGGAGCUUGUGGUGAACAUGGUUGUCAACACCGACGAAAACAAGUGGUUUGUGCGUAUGCUCUCGUUCAUCAAUAGCUUUGUGGGCUUUGUGUAA